UCUAGUGAUCCAUCAUGGUGAUAUCAUCAGCAACCUAUCAAUCCAAUAUAUCGCCUGUCCCUCAAGGCAAAAACCCUCAAAACAACACCGAGCCACCGAGCAUCCCAGACCGGCAGAAAAGAAGAAAAAACUCUUCUCACCACAAAAACCCACCUCUCCAAAAGCACAGCAAAGACCAUGCACGGCCUAGCAGCCUUCCGCCCCUCGCCGCGCCACGACGAGCUGGCCCGCCUGGCGGCGGCGCACUUGCGCUCGGACCUGACCGCCGACGACCGCGACGCGCUGCAGCGGGCGUCGCGGCGCGUGUCGCGCUCCGCAACGGCCGGGUCCUUGGCGGGGCUGGCCCUCGGCGUGUGGUCCGCCGUGCGCCUGCGGAGGAUCGCCGGCGCGGCGGCGCUGGCGGGGAGGGUUGGGGGCAUGGGUGCGAGGGCCGAGAGGCCUGUCAGGGUGGUGUUUGGGGAUGGGAGGACUGAGGCGAUUCCGGAUGUCACGUCGUCGAUGGCGCAGCUGACGAGGGUGGGCGACUACGCGUCGUACUUUUUCUUCGGGCUCGGGGGGCUGUUCCUGGGUGGGGAGUUUGGUUUCCUCACGGGGACGUGGACGGCUACCCAGAUGGUGACGUUGGAUCCGGACCGGCGGGAGCGGGUCGAGAAUGCGUAUAGGAAUUUCCGGGUGGACUGCCUGAAGAAGGAGAUUGACCGGUUGGAGAGUGGGCAUUCGCUGUUUCUCUAGGAUGGCAUGGAUGGGUUGUCACAACACACGCACAAAGUCAAUUGCAUUUCAACAGUAUGUAUGUAUGGACCUACGCAUAUGCGGAGGUGCACCGAAAUUCGGCGAAUUGCAUGGUGGGAAUCGUGUGGUUGGUUGACGACUUGACGCAUGUUUUGAGGCAGCAGUCAAUCACAAGGCGGAACGAGAUGUGAGAGGCCUCAGAUUCAGGCACC